AAGCUCUCACACGUAAAGGAUUUCCAAGAAAACUAGACAAUCAACUUUUUCAUUUGUCAACAUAUCCCUUCUCGUUUAUUUUUCCUUUACUUCUCAAAUUUAGUUUAACCAAUACCCUAUUGGAGAUGGAUUCUCAGUAUAUUCUGGGAGGGAUUAUAGCUUCUAGUUUGGUGCUUGUGCUUGUUCUGUGCGGUUCUAUAUCAAAGAAGAAGGCCACAGGUUCAAUACAUGCAGAAAGUAAUGGUUGUAUUAUAAGGACAUCAGAAAAUGGAAGAUGCUCUCAAACUGUCUCAGGAAGCACUGACAUCAUCAUUGUGGGUGCUGGGGUUGCUGGAGCAGCCCUUGCUUACACACUUGGCAAGGAUGGAAAGAGAGUGCAUGUUAUUGAAAGGGAUUUGAAUGAACCAGACAGGAUUGUGGGUGAAUUGCUACAACCUGGUGGUUAUCUGAAGUUAAUUGAGUUGGGUCUUGAAGAUUGUGUGGACGAAAUUGAUGCUCAGCAAGUCUUUGGUUAUGCUCUUUAUAAGGAUGGGAAAAAUACCAAGCUUUCUUAUCCUCUGGAAAAAUUUAACUCUGAUGUUUCUGGGAGAAGCUUUCACAAUGGCCGUUUCAUACAGAGAAUGCGAGACAAGGCUUCAUCUCUUCCAAAUGUAAAAUUAGAACAAGGAACUGUUACAUCUCUACUUGAAGAAAAUGGAACCAUUAAAGGGGUACACUACAAAACCAAGAGUGGACAAGAGCUCAUAGAAAAGGCUCCCCUUACCAUAGUUUGUGAUGGUUGUUUUUCCAACUUGAGACGCUCUCUUUGCAACCCAAAGGUCGAUGUACCAUCUCAUUUUGUUGGUCUGGUCCUUGAGAACUGCAAUCUUCCAUUUGCAAACCACGGACACGUUAUCCUGGGUGAUCCUUCUCCCAUUCUGUUUUAUCCCAUUAGUAGCACUGAAAUUCGCUGUUUGGUUGAUGUGCCUGGCCAGAAAUUACCUUCACUUGGUAAUGGUGACAUGGCACGUUAUCUGAAAACAGUAGUAGCUCCUCAGGUUCCUCGAGAGCUGCGUACUUCUUUUAUAGCAGCAGUGGAUAAAGGAAACAUUAGAAGCAUGCCAAACAGAAGCAUGCCGGCAUCUCCUUAUCCCACACCUGGUGCCCUUCUAAUGGGAGAUGCCUUCAAUAUGCGUCACCCUUUAACAGGAGGGGGAAUGACUGUGGCUUUGUCUGACAUUGUUUUGCUAAGGGAUCUUCUUAGACCUCUGCAUGAUCUGCGUGAUGCUUCUGCUCUUUGCAAAUAUCUUGAAUCAUUCUACACCCUGCGCAAGCCAGUGGCAUCUACAAUAAACACAUUAGCUGGGGCAUUAUACAAGGUGUUUUGUGCAUCCCCUGACCCAGCUAGUAAGGAAAUGCGACAGGCAUGUUUUGAUUAUUUGAGCCUUGGAGGUGUUUUCUCAGAUGGACCAAUAGCUCUACUCUCAGGUCUAAAUCCUCGUCCAUUAAGCUUGGUUCUCCACUUCUUUGCAGUAGCUAUAUAUGGUGUUGGACGCUUACUCAUACCAUUUCCUUCUCCAAAACGCAUGUGGAUUGGAGCUAGAUUGAUUUCGGGUGCAUCAGCUAUCAUAUUCCCCAUUAUCAAGGCUGAAGGAGUUAGACAAAUGUUCUUCCCGGUGACAGUGCCAGCAUAUUACAGAAGACCUCCUUCCAAUUUGCAUAAUUAAAUACUCAUCUAGGAAGAAAAGACACGCAAUAUAUAAAUAAGAGCCCACAUUCUUUAGUCCAGCCGCAUUAAAUAAAAGAGUCUAGCCUAGAGGGAUAUUUUGGUGUAAAAGGCUCCAUAGUCCAUACCACACUUGGGGCAUUGUUUUGUGAAAGUGUAAUAUAUUUGAUACUAAUAAUUUUUUUGGAAGUAUUUACAAAUUUAGGACAAGGUUAGGUUCCCAAAACCAAUCUUCCAAGCACCAGAGUUCAAAAAUGUUACGUUUUGUCUUUAAUAGCAAGUUCAUAUUUUUUG